AUGCUGACCGAAAGCUCAGGGGGAGCGCUGAAGGCUUCGGGGGUCACAGGGCCCGCUCCAGUCGGUGUUCUCGGGAUUGGAGGCAGGACUCGGAAUUUCGCAAAAGCCCUCGGCCACCCCGUGGUAGCCAUGAACAACCGCGAAGAGGGCCGCACGCUGGCAAAGGAGUUGCCUUUGCCUGCGGAUCGGAUCAUCGAUUACAAUGACCCAGAAGCCGUAUCUAAGAUCAAAGACUGGAGUGGAAGAGAUGGUCUUGCAGCUAUCUUGGGUUGCACCGACAAUGUCGAAGCGAACGCAUGGUGCCUGAACACUCUCCGACCUCACGGUGUCUGUGUGCCCGUAGGACUUCCGGUGGAUCCAGGCUUCAUGUUCUCUGCGUUCAAGCUGAACUUCUCGGAGUUGGUAAUCAAGGGCUCGCUGGUGGCCACAAGGAACCAGGUCGAGGAUAUGAUGCAAGUGGUAGCGAAGCACUGCAUCAAGGGACAUGUCACCACUGUCACAAUGGAGGAAGCGGUGAAUCUGCCAAAGAUGUAUUUGGACUCUCACUUGAAGGGUCGGCUCGUGGUGAAGCUUGAGUAA